UCUAUUAUGACCCUUGCUUUGCACCCCCUCUCAGCUUCUUCCAAGCCAUAAUGACACAUCAUGAGCUUGGCCUCGGCAUCCACCCCUCUCCCCUCCCUCUCCUCUCCCUCUCCCCUUCCUCUCUUCAAACAAGAGCAAGGCGACUCCAGCCCCAAGCCUCCUCCUUUCUCCCCUCUCCCAGGCGUCGAACCAAGCGCCCCAACCGCCUCCGCCCCAAGCUCCCCAAAACCCUAAUCCCUCCAUCCCAAUCCCCACCUCAGCCGCCCCCUCGACCCCUCCCUCCCCCGCCUCCCGAUGAACCCGCCGCCGCCCACCCGGUCGUCGUCGUUGUCGAAGGAGAGGUGGAAGCUAUCGAGGGAGUGGUGCGGGCGGCGGAGGGAGUCCACCCGUUCCCUCCCGCCGGCCACCGAUGGUUCCCAGGACCGGUCCUCGACCUCGCCUUCCGGUUCGCCGCCCUUCUCGCGGUGCAGACGGUUGUUGCCGUCUGGUUCCUCGGCGGCGAGAGUGUCGAGGAUAGCAGGGGACGUGAAGAACAGGGGAGGAAGGCAAGGAAGGUGGAGAACGUGGCGGACGAGACAGUGGAGGAGUUUGAGAGGAUGAUGCUGGAGAUCAGGGCGAUGGCGAAGGAGGCGAGGGAGAACGAGAGGAAGGAUCUUGCUGAGGGGAAUAGAGUCAAGGAGGAGGUUGGCCGGGGGCUUGACCGCGUGAGGAAGAGUUUUGCUCAGGUUAUUUUGGAUGAGAAUUCUUCUUCUUCUUCUUCCUCUUCCAAGGGCAGGGAUGGGAAGAGAAGUGGAGGGAAAUCAAAUGAGAAAAGAAAGCCUGGACUUUUGAGCUCCAUUGCGAAGACUACGGAUGUUCCAAAGGGGUUUAGUGGGUCGAAGGGGAAGGAUGAGUCUGUUAAUGGUGGCACUGGUGGUAUUCAGCAGAUUGCUCAUCAAAAUCCUGUGAAGGAACCUUCAGCACUGGAGGAGCAAGGGAAGAAAAGAGCUCGUUGUUCUGCAAUGACGAAUAAGUUUGCUGAAGUGGAGGGUGAUACAGUUUCAUCAACUCAAGGAACUGAAAGAUUAGAAAAGGAUCAUGGUUCUUCUUCUAGUAGGACCAGAAACACUACAAGCAACCCAGAUUAUAUUGAAGGUGAUUUGUCCCUUGAGGUUAGCAGUUCCACAAAUGCUGCCUAUCGUUCUAGAAGUCAUACUCAAGCGGAUAUAUCGAAGGAGGCUUCUCUGAUGGAAAACAAAUCAAUGCUGGAGAUGCAGAAUAAUGAAAGUUCCACUAAAGCAAAUGGAAAAUCCUCCAUCGUAAACAGAAAUAUCAAGAAGAAAGCAGGGCUGGAUUCACAAACUAAGCAGGUUGAACACAAGUCAGUUCUUAAGAAAGACAAAGAUAGGCAGAUUGAUGAAGGGUACAAUCCGUGGUGGUUGAAACUUCCUUAUGUUCUAGCUAUUUUUCUACACAGAGGUUCUGAUGGCAACGGCCCAAAAGGACUUUACACCUUACGGAUGAACUCUUCAUCAGAUGAUGGAGAUUCUACAUCUUAUACUGUUGCUUUUCAAGAUCGUGGUGAUGCAACAAACUUCUGCUACUUAGUGGAGUCCUUUUUCGAAGAGCUAGGUGAUGUCAGUGCUGACAUUGUUCCUUUGACUAUUCAAGAACUUGAUGAGGCAGCAAGGGCAGGUGAAUUAAAGUUGAUUGUUGUUAGAAAGGGACAGCUUGAUUUGUAUGCUGGCCAACCUCUUGUUGAAGCAGAGACUGCAUUGCGUUCUUUGUUAGACUAGAAUCGAGAGAUUGUAGGGGGAAAAAUAGGUGAAGGGGUUUUUCUUCCGAGCAACAUUCGAAUAUAUCUGCUUGAAGUGGUGCAUUUAUUUAUGCUGAAUCACGCAUACCAUCUAUUCUUUUUCUGGGAUAGGAGAUUUUUGAACUGUAAAAUGUAGCAAUGGAAUCAUUGUAUUGAUACAGGUUAGAAUUGGUUUUCUCGUGGUUGACACCAUUGUUUUAGCUGGAGUUUUGCAACAGAAAUCAUAUGUAUUCACCGAAUAUUGAGGCCUAUAAAUGGCUUGAGAUGCUCAUGUAGCAGUACCAGCCCGCACCCAUGAUCAGAAAGUAACAUUUUCACCGAGCGUAUACAUCAUGUCAAAGUAUCAAAUGAAUUAUAUUUCAUGAUAUUUGAAACAUUUUUGCAAGAUUCACAAUAUGGCAAGUGCAAUUGUCUGGAUGAAGCCAUGAUAUACAGUAAUAAAUGUGAUGAUUUUUAAUGUAGCAAGAUAAUUUGACUGCUCAUCUUGCUUGACUUUUCAAUAUGUACUGUUUGAUAACUUCCUUGGUCUA